CUUUUUCCUAUUUCUUAAGCUGAACUCGAUGCGAUGGAGAAUAACAAUCCUGAGCUGACAGUGCUGCUCUGAAAGUCUCGAGUCUCUUCUUUCACUGAUGCUAUAUUUCUUCAUUAACUAACGGUGGAUUAAAGUAUCCUUCCAAGAUACCAUAUUAACCCUAUACCAUAUAUCAGGCUAUUCAUUUUACGAUAAGCGGCCAAUGAGUUAAAGUUUUCGGUUAUGGUGUAACCUAAUUAGUCAAGCUUAAUAUAGCGCAUACAACGGAAGUAGAAAAUAAACCCAUUUACUAUGAGCAUCUUGUCAGAUUAGCGAUUUCUAAUAAAGUUUAAACUAAAGUUACCAUUUUAUUAUACUAUAGGGUGGUCCUUUAAUAAUUUGGCAGAUUUAUUAGAUUUUCUGAAUGCGCAGAGAGAUACAGCAUUGCUAAUUUAAUUAUUCCGCGACAAAUUUCUUAUUGUCAAUGUUAUCUUUACCAUGUUAUAAAUUCAUUUGCCAAUACGUCCCACAAGUGAAAUGUUCAUCUUAAAACACUUCAAGUUUAUUGGCUUUCUGAGUGCUUGUUUUAUUUGCUGCCAAGGGUUUGUUAAAUCGAAUCCAAAGAAAUCCUAUGCUGCCUCAACAAUGGAACUGAUGAAGCUCCUAGAGGUGGAGGAUGAAUUGGUGGACAAUUUAAAUGGCUAUGUGAAAACCCUGAAAAUGAAAUUCAAUUUAAUGGAAAGAUAUCUUAUAGAUAUGAGUAAAGAGCACAGGGAAAUGAAAACUGACUAUGAAUCCUACUUAGGAAAUCCAUUGAACAGCUUUCGACUAAUACAUCGCCUACACACGAGUUGGAGAAAAUGGUAUCAAUAUGCAAUUAGGAUCGAGAAUAAUGCUUUAGUGCACAUUGAGAAUGCCCGACUGAUGAGAAAGAUGCUACCCACCUCGUCGGAUUUGGAGCACGCGUGUCGCGGAAUCCAUGACUUGAUGUCCUUUUACGAUCUGAAGCCAGAAGAACUGGCAGCUGGUAACUUAGCAGGGUACUCACAGCCUGAAACAGGACUGACAGCUUACGAUUGCUUAGCGCUCGGGGAGUUUAGCGUUCAAAAACGAAAGGACGAUCUUGCCGAGGCUUGGUAUAACCUUUCUUUGAGUCGUUUUGAAAAUAAAUUCGACAAAUACCGAGUGCACAAGGCGUGGGCCCUUCUUUUGGCGAAGAAUAAGCAACUUACUGAAGCCUUUCACCACUUCGAGAAGAAGCCAGAGGAAAUAGUCGCCAGCAAUGAAGUCAUACACUUCGAGGAGGAGUUGGCGACUAAGCAGAACUGCACUGCUGUGGUCCAAAAACCAAGUCGACUCCACUGUCGCUACAACACCUCCACGACGCCCUUCACGCGGAUUGCCCCUCUAAAGAUGGAGGAGCUGAGCUUAGAUCCGUACAUGGUGGUCUUUCACGAUGUGGUUUACGACACCGAAAUUGAUGGGAUGCUAAACUCAAGUAAUUUCGGAUUAUCACUUACUGAUUCGGGCCAGAAGUCGGAGGUGAGAACGUCCAAGGACUCAUAUAUAGUGGAUUCUGAAUCUCUAAAUGAGCGCGUAACCGAUAUGACCGGAUUCAGUAUGGAGAUGAGCGAUCCAUUUUCGCUGAUUAAUUACGGCUUAGGUGGGCACUACAUGUUGCACUACGACUUUCAUGAAUAUACGAAUACGACCAGGCCAAAGCAAGGGGAUCGCAUUGCUACUGUUUUGUUCUACCUGGGAGAAGUUGACUCGGGUGGCGCCACAAUCUUCCCGAAGAUUAAUAUUGCCGUUACGCCCAAGAAGGGCUCAGCGGUCUUCUGGUACAAUCUGCACAAUUCCGGAGCUAUGAAUUUGAAAUCCCUGCACUCAGCGUGUCCUGUGAUAAGCGGUUCCAAAUACGUGCUCACGAAGUGGAUAAACGAACUGCCGCAAAUGUUUGUCACACCAUGCAUGAAAGACUCGAACCUACACCUACCCCAAAAAGAAUAAUCCUGUAAUCUGAAUUGAAAUCCUUGAUUGUGAUUAAAUUAGUUUUCAUUUUUCACAAUGAUA